UAUUGGACUUCUUUUGAAUUCAACACUAUCUGUUGGUGUGAGGAGGCAAAGUGCAAAACAUUUUAAAAAAGUUCAAAUUUUGAUAGAGAAUGGAAGAUCCAUCACCUAAUGUGAAUGAAAGUAAAGUUUGUGUUGUUGAACUUGUGGAAGCAUGUGUUGAACAGAAGUCGACAAACACGACUGAAAUCCUUAGUGAAAACGCAUCCUCUAGUGCAAACGAAGCACCAGAAACUAACACGAAUGGAAAUAGUGAUGCAUGUGAAUCACUAUUGUUGGAACAGUUUAUUACAGCAUGCACACCACAUUUGAAAAUCCCUGGCGAUGAGCCAAUCAUUGAAAAGCUUAAAAAACACUAUGGCAAAGUUGAGAAAGAGUGCCGGAAAACAAAAAAAUUUACCUCUGAAAUGAGCAGGAUUUCUUCACAAAUCAACAACAGCGAUAUAUACAUCAUCAUUCAAGAGCUACUGAGUUAUUUUAAAAGCUGUAGUGCUAAAACAGCUAGUAAGAAACAAGCUCACAUAAAAAAACUGGAAAGCUAUCUAGAGAAACUAGAUGAAAAAAUAAAGGAACUGACAUCACAAGAAGUUGAUUUGGAUGCUGAAGAAAAUUCAAAUUAUGUGCUGGAAUGCAGGUACAAAAAACGGUUUGCCUUUGUGUACGGAAAACUCUGUGAUAUCGUCGGAUACAACAAGAACGACCCCAAACCAAAAAUAGAAUAUCAAGGUACUAGGUAUCCAGAAAUCAACCAAAAUAUAUCGAGAUAUCUGAGGAGAAAUGACGAAUUUCCCGAUUUUAAGGAUAUUCUUGAAAUCAUUUCCGAAACCAAUGAACAAGCCGGUCUGCGUAUGUCUGAAGAAAAUGUCUCGAGAAUGACAAGGGAGGUUUUCGAGGAGGUUGGCGUUAAGCUGAAAAAAAGACGAAUGGAAGAAUUUGAAUCAACUUUUGGUUGCCAUCUUACCGACGAUGUAGACGAAGCCAAUGAUCCGGCCGCUAUGGACCCUGAUUUAAGUGAAAAGCUUGCAAACAAUCAGAAGUUAGCCUCAAAGCGUCUUGAUGAAGUGAUGGAAAGCUAUGUUUUAAAACAAGAAACGCGUGGUGAAGAAGAGAGCAAGGACUCUAAUGAUGAUGACGACGAUGGCGAUGACGACGAUGGCGAUGAAGAAGAAGACGACGACGAAGAAAUGGGAGACGUGGACGAUGACAAUUUGCUUAUUGAAUUUGAAGAUUCCAAGAGUUCUUUAUUACCGUCAGGAGCUGAGGAUUCUGAAAUCGACCAACUCGCUUGCCCAUUGACAAAUAGUACAAAAACUCCCUUGUCGGAACCGGCAGUAGUUCAGAAAAUUGAACAUUCAGAACCUUCAAAAAAUGGUUUUUUGGCUGAACUGGACGUGAAACCAAAGGUGGAGCUUUUAACAUCAGCACCCAAAAGCAAUCCUUCUAUGGACACCAUUGAAAUUACUACAGUUACUAAUCGUGAAUCUGUUUUAAGCGUUCGUAAUCCGUUGCGAGCUCUAAAACGAAAAGGUCCUGAAAUGAUUGUCAAAUUGUCACCUAAGAAAAAAGCUCCUAUUAAGCCCUACGACGAUGAUGAUGUCAUCGUUUUAUCAGAUUGAAAAAUUUAUGGAGUUCCUGUGCUGUCAUUUCUUUCUGUAUUAUUCCACCAAAUUUCAAAAAUUAAAUUUAUCGAGAUCGACUGGAUUUCGUUCAACAUAAUGUUUGAUGUGAUGAGUUGCUAUUUUGAAAAUAACGGAGUUCCUCUCGCUGGUUAUUAAACCAGAUCUUAUGGAAGACGCAUAUUUCAAUACCAAUACAUCAUCUGUUUCAAUAGGGUAUUUCCAUCGGUCCAACGAAUCCAACAUCUGCAUCACAAAAAAGAUAAAACGAAAUAAUAAAAAUCAUGUCUGUUUUCACAA